GUGAAAUACAGUGCGUUGCUAUUUUUCGAGGAACUUUUCUAGCCUCUUGGGAUUUCAUUUCCACUAAUUAAGACAGUUGUACAAAAAAGUACUUUCCAUACAUAUAUUGAGAUCGAAUUGAGAUCAAUUUUACAAACUAUUUCAUCGAUUGCCAUAUAUAUAUAGCUGCAAAGCAUCAUCAAGACCUCUUUGGCUGCCUAACCUAUAAUUUACACGCUGUUUGUGCCUUAUACUAUUGUUGGAAUUACAAAUUAUCAAAAAAUGACCGACGAAAAGAAUUCGUCAAAUACAAAAAAAAGUGAUAAUUUAUCAGGCGAUGAUAUUGAUCAUGAAGACGAAUCCCGUGAAAAAAUGAUCGUUACUCCAGCAUGGUCUAUUGUUCAUUUCGAUACUGAUGAUGAAAACAAUCUAGAUAGUUUCAACGACCUGGUUCCAUCAUCGUGGAUUUCGACAUUGGGCACAAUGUGUUGGUACCCGAUGAACAAACAUCAAGGGACAAUACAAAAAUUAGUCAAACAAUGUGCAAAAUUGAAUUCGGAAUGGGAUUGUUUUCCGAUCAGAAAGAUCGAAGAAGGCAUUGAGAACUAUGAGCGUGGCAUGAAAAUGCUUGUUAAGUUAUCUAAAAAUCCGAAUGCAUCACUGCAUUCGGAUUUUGAGGAGAAAGGAAAGGGGAAGCGAGUAAAAAAAAUAAACAUGCGUUUUGUCGAUUCCGACAAAGAAAAUAAUGUCCGCAAAAAGAAACAACAGAAUAUGUUACCACCUGUUCCAAAAUUAAGCGACUUUUCACAAACAAGUCAUGAUAAAGUGGAUGCAACUAUGAAUUGGCCUUCCGAACACGGAGCUUCAUCUGAUUUAAACAACUUACCACCAUGGCCGAAUUCCAGUUCACGUACAAAGCCCAUAAAAGACAAUUUUCCCAUUAAGGAACGGACAUUAAAGCCCGAAACGAGCAAAGCUGAAAAAGCUGUUACUAGCAGUAAUAAAGGCUGCAAAAUACGUUCAAACAUACACAAAUGUGCUUAUGUAGAAGGAGGAGAGGUCACAUUGCAAUCCGUGGCCGAUGUACUUUGUUAUUUGAGUGCUGAAGUGAAAUCGUGCAACCUUUUAUCGCGCAAGACUGACAGAAACAUGGAGACUUUUUUACAAACUGUAGCAGUAGUAACGAAGAAGCCUGAAAAUGAUAUUGUGCCUGCUGUUGAUGUAAUUAAAGAGCUCCCAUUAAAAAAUCUUGAAGAAUUACGUGCAGUAGAGC